UCUCCACCGUUGCUCAACUCCUCCGAGACCAAAAUUGCUGGACCUGGUCGGGGAAGGAACGCGUAACAAGCCACGCUACGCAAGAUGCACCGGAACCCUCGCGCCGUCAUCCGCGCCGCCGUCUCCCUCACUCGCCCGGCCGCCGCCCCUACCGCGGCGGCCGUCCAAACCCUGCCUAAAGCGACGCCCUCGCCCGCGCUUGCGGCGUGGCGGCCACUCCCUGAGGCGGCGCCGUUGGGCAGCGGCAGCAGCCGACGCCGCUCCUUCUCCUCCUCAUCCGCGGCGGACUACGGCAAGGAUGUGGACGAGGUGAACCGCAAGUUCGCGGAGGCGCGGGAGGAGAUCGAGGCGGCCAUGGAGAGCAAGGAGACGGUCUACUUCAACGAGGAGGCCUCCAUCGCGCGCGACGCCGCCAACGAGGCGCUCGACGCCUUCGACGCGCUCCUGGCGCGCCUCCCGCCCGCUGACGCCGACGCGCUCCGCCGCUCCAUGGGGCUCAAGAUGGAGCAGCUCAAGGCCGAGCUCAAGCAGCUCGAGGAUUAGGCUGCCGAAAGGUUUGAGUUUUGGGAGGAAAAUUGGGCGUAAUGUUUGGUUAUACACCUGUUCUUUUGAGAAUUGAGAUAGAGAUUCCUAGAUGUACCGCUUGGUGAAUAAAUUUAGCCCAACUAUCAGUUGCAUUGCCUGUUUGUUCUUGAGCUCUUCCAGGUGAGUGGAGAUCCGGAGCUAAUUUGUACUGUGCCUGGUUUACCAACUUUCCUUGAUUGGCUACUGUUGUAGCCUUGUAGGCCUUACAUUGAUUAUGAUAGGAGAAUCUAAACCAAUGCGUUCCUGUGUUUGGAUUAAGCUUCAUUUGCAUUUGUUCUGGCUUAA